UCGGCCAUUUACAUUCGGAACUUGCCGUUGUGCUGUGUCGAUACUCUGUUGUCACAGUCGUUGUUGUUUUGUUAUAUAAAUUAAUUUAUAUAAUUAUAUUUGUUUAAUAUUAUAUUUGUAUUUAAUACACUUUAAGUAAAGAUGCCGCCUAAGUUCGAUCCCAGCGAAGUCAAAGAAGUGUAUAUGAGAUGUGUUGGUGGUGAAGUUGGUGCCACAUCAUCGCUUGCCCCUAAAAUUGGUCCUUUGGGUCUGUCUCCUAAGAAAGUGGGAGAUGACAUCGCUAAAGCUACGUCUGAUUGGAAGGGUUUGAAAAUCACUGUUAAGUUAACCAUCCAAAACAGAGUAGCCACCAUUUCUGUUGUACCAUCUGCGUCUUCUUUGGUAAUCAAGGCCCUUAAAGAGCCACCUCGUGACAGAAAGAAGGUCAAAAAUGUUAAACACAACGGAAAUGUUACCAUGGAUGAAAUAAUCAACAUCGGUAGAACCAUGAGGCCGAGAUCAAUGGCUAGAACUUUGGCUGGAACCGUUAAAGAAAUUUUAGGAUCAGCUCAAAGUGUCGGAUGUACUGUUGAUGGUAAACCGCCACAUGACAUCAUUGAAGGCAUCGAUGACGGCUCUGUUUCCAUACCAGAAGAAUAAUUGUCGUUUAUUCUGUAAUUGAAGACAAAUAAAAUGAUUUUUAUUCUUUCAUAUUA